AUGAGUUUUGCAAUACUUUGCUCAUUCGUAUUAGCCUUCUAUGUUGUCAUAUGGUUUUUUGAUUCCUUUUUUAAGAGUUGUAUGCAUUACCCAUAUUAUGCAUUCUUGGAAGGAACAGGACUAAAAGUAGGAUUUUUAAAUUUAACUUGGACUACUGCAGCAUUCAACCGAUGUAUAUACAGAUGGAGCAAAAACCUAACACGGGUAUUACGGAAAUGGUUUUCAUUUGGUUACUAUGUAACAGUUGGCUUGUUUUUACCAUUUGCAGUAUGGACUUUAAUUUCAUUUAUUAUAGAACACUUCAAAGAAACAAUACAGAUAUCCAGUGUUCCUGAAGUGAAGGCAAUGUUACCUGGAGUAAAUAUUCCAGCUUCAGACUUUUGGAUAUAUUUUCUUGCAAUUGCAUCCAGCUCAGUUUUCCAUGAACUUGGGCAUGCUAUGGCUGCAGCACAUGAAGAUGUUCAAGUAAUUUCUGUAGGAUUGUACAUCUUUACUAUAAUACCAAUAGCAUUUGUUCAACUUAAUACAGAACAUCUGAACAGUCUUCCUGUAAUGAAGCGUCUGAAAAUUUAUUGUGCAGGGGUUUGGCACAACUUAGUUUUAGCAUUUUUUGCUAUGGCAAUAUUCUUUACAGCACCAGUAUUAUUUAGUAUUGCUUAUGAAACUGACAUUGGUGUAAGAGUUACAGAUUUUUCAUCAGAUUCCCCAUUGAAAGAUGCUCGAGGUCUUGAUAAAGAUGAUGUUAUAAAAUCUAUAAAUGCUUGUGAUGUAAAAGACUCCUAUGAUUGGUCUUACUGCCUACAUGUAGCUCAUGACAGAUUUGGAAUAUGUACUAGUGCAGAAUUCAUUGCACAAAAUGAUGAAAUCAUGAUGGAAACUGUGAAGGAGAGUGGUGUUGUUGAAUGUUGUAGAAAAGAUGAUUUGUACAGUAUUUGUUUUGAAUAUAUGGAGCCUAAGUUAGCAGUUGACUCAGUUUUGCCUGGUCAGUAUUCUUGUUUAAAACCAAGAGAUAUGGUAAAGGAAAAAUUAAUUAAAUGCAGUGAAGUUGGAGGAUACACAUGCCCAAGAAAUACACAUUGCUUAAAACCCUCUCUAAAUAAUCACACAUACUUUAUAAUCAUUGAAAGAAAAGACAAUAAUGCAGUGUUAUUCUUAGGAUUGCCAUAUGAUAUUUAUAAAACUGUUUUUGUAGAUCAAUAUUUUCCAAGAUUGAGAAUAUUUUCAUUAUUCUCACCUAUGCAAUUUGAAAAACUUCUCAGAUAUAUUUUUAUUUUUACUAUGGGUAUUGGCUUUUUGAACAUUAUACCAUGCUAUGGUACUGAUGGUCACCAUAUUGCAAGAAAUCUUAUUCAAAUAUUAGCAAAAUUGUUAAACCAAAGUAGUGAUUUUGUUACACUUGUUACAUUAUUUAUUGUGAUUGUGGGAACUGGGAUAACUAUACCAACGUUAAUAUACUUAUUUUAUAAAGCAAUUUAUUUAGAUGAACUUGACUAUUAG